CGGUCUCCCAGCAACAGAGUGUAAAUAACAGGAGGCUCCUUCCUCCAGACUGGUGGGCAUGAGUGAGAGAGCAAGUGAAAUGAAAAAGCACUGAUUUGAAGGUGGCUGUUUACUUACUAUACAAGCUAAGGGCAGUUGUUACCGCAUACUGAUAAAGAGACACCCGGGACAAAUUACAGUUCUUGCUGUGUCACAGAGCACACAAAAACUGAUGUUUGUCGGCUAGCCAAUGGGGCUGUUUGAUAAGUUGGCAGCAUGGCUGGGGUUGAAGAAGGAGGUGAAUGUGCUAUGUCUUGGCCUGGACAACAGUGGCAAAACUACCAUUAUCAACCAGCUCAAACCAUCCAAUGCCCAGGCACAAGACAUCGUCCCAACCAUUGGCUUCAGCAUAGAGAAGUUCAAGACUUCCAGCUUGUCAUUCACAGUUUUUGACAUGUCGGGGCAAGGCAGAUACAGAAAUCUUUGGGAACAUUAUUAUAAGGAGGGUCAGGCGAUCAUAUUUGUCAUUGAUAGUGCAGAUAAGCUGAGGAUGGUAGUGGCCAAAGAAGAAUUGGACACGUUACUAAACCACCCCGAUAUUAAACACAGAAGGAUUCCAAUCUUAUUCUUUGCUAACAAGAUGGAUGUCAGGGACGCUCUGUCUUCUGUCAAGGUCUCACAGCUGCUUUGUUUGGAGAACAUCAAAGAUAAACCCUGGCACAUCUGCGCCACUAAUGCUUUGAAAGGAGAAGGUUUACAGGAGGGAGUCGACUGGCUACAAGAACAAAUUAUUCAAUCAAAUCAAAACAAUGAAAACGUGAGGACAUGAAGACAAAGACAAGGCAUGAUGGAAUUGAGCUGCAUCUUCCAUGGAAAACUUUAAUGAAUGAGGGUUGGAUCUGUUUUUAGAGGUACCAUGAUGCAUCCAUGCUUGAGAAAUGGGGCAACUAUAUUGUUAAUAUAUUCAUCAAUUUUAUACACUUUCAUUAAACUGUGACAUUAAUAAUGUAAAAGUUGUGAAGCAAAAGUGAAUCAUUUUCAAAAUCAGGUUUCUUUGGGUAAAACUUCUAAGCAUUCAGAUGCACAUUUUGAGAUCGGAAGUGUUUGGUGCAUUCAAUGUCCAUCAGCUCAAGUGAAACAAUAAAAAAAGUAUCUAUACUUGUAAC